ACCAAAAAAGGGAAUUUGCCUUGCUGUUCCAAUACUUUUGGAGGGGACUGUAAUUUUGUCAGUAAUUUUACCUUUAUUUAAUAGUUGUAAGGUGUACAUAUUUGUGUUAUUUUCGACAUCGGAGCUGUCAGGGUGUCUUCAUUGGAGUCAACUGAUGUUACUAACUGUCAGCUGUUAGUCCACCAUCAUCUUCACAACACAACGCAGAGACUGUAGGCUGUCACUAUUAUCAGCGAUAUAAAGGAAACUUAAUGGGGGCAUUAUAAACUGUGAGGCUAAUAUAGUCCCCUGUUACAUUUGGUGCUGUGACCCGGAUGAGUUAGACAAGAGACUAAAAACAAAUUCGUCAACAUACUACCAGGACUUUUUAAAUCACAAUAUUAGCCAGCAGGGCUUCUUGAAAAGUACAGCAGGAAACACACAAGAUGCAAUUUACCAGCAUUUAGCAGGUUGUGAGGAAAUAUUCUCUCAAAACAAAAAAACAGGAAAAUACAAAGUGUCUUAUCUGAGAAUAUCACAGCUACACCUUCCAACUACACCUGAUUGUCAUUUAGUGUCUCGUUUUAUUUAGUUAAGCCGUCCUGUCUUUGAUUAUAAUCAAACCAGAAGCAAUCGUUUCCUCAUCCGUGUCAUUAUUGGCUUGCUCCACUUUUGACCACAAAACAGAUCAUCAGAGACUGACACAGCUGAAAACGUAUCAUCUGAUAGGCUGCCAUGGUGACAAAGUACAAAACACCUACCAUAAAUUUCCUCUGAGUGAAUGUUUUGAAGGAAAAAUAGUGGGAGGGGAUGAGGUAAACCAUUAACCUACAUUCAAGCCUGUAUGUAGUGUCUCAAAGCAGCUCCAGCCUGGAAUUGUUCACUCUUAAAAAAUAAGUCUACUGACAACAGUGUUUAACUAUGUGGUAAUGUGAGUGAAGUGUGAAGUGAUAGACGAUGAAUGAAACGAUGCCUGGAAGGAAGUGUUUUGACUGUGGUUUAAGCUGCAGACUAAUUAAUUCAGUGUCAUCACAGUACCCACAAGGGAAAAAUACCAGUUUCUAUAUUAAUGUUACAUUUCUGAAGAAGUGUGUGGGAACACAACAUUAACUACAGGGUAAUGCUCAUUGCUCAUUGAAUUUAGUUCACCGGUCACAUCAUUCCAUUUAAACAAACUAUUAACUUGGAAUAAAGCCUUCUUCCUGCUUCAAGGUCUUCAUCCUGCCCUGCGAUGCUACUUUUAGUACGAGGCCUCACAGUUGUUUCUACAUUUGAAUCCACAAAGAAAUCAUUCACUGUAUCAGUAGGAGCACAGUGCGCCUGCAGCUGAAGUAUAUACAGUACAUGAAUGUUUUGCGUACAACAAGAACAGCGAGUGUUGCUGCUUUCUAAAGUUUUGUUUUAGGCGCAGUUUUGACUUUUCCACCGGAGGUGGCAUCUAAAAGUGGCAUCGCAGAAACCUGUUCGCACCACUGAGCAACUUUACUGGAAUGAACGGGGCCCCGCCUCCAAUGCUCCAUCCGGUUCUCUUUAUACAGCCAUUGUUUACACACUGUUUAAUGUGCUGUAGCUGAGCAGCUAAUUAGCUAUCUAUCUGCGAUCUGACUUUAGCGAUGCACUUCUCCCCGGUGUAUGCUUGUUUCGUGGUUUGUUCAACAAAUUGAGCUGCAGGACAAAACGUGUUCAUGUUUGUAAGUUAUCAUCAAGUUUUGAUGAUGUGGACACAGGUUGUUGUUCCAUUCACUACCAUGUGUAAAGGAUAAUGAUAUUUUUAAGCACUGGCCCCACGGGCGACCAAGCCCCUAAAUUUGGUGGUCCUAACUCAACACAGCCUUCCUUAACUGUGACACUCCCAUAAAUGAAAAUAAUUGAAUAUGCCAUAAAAAUAAAAUAAGAAGGUGACAGAGAAAAAGUUUAUAAGAAAUGUUUAUUUAUAUAUUUAUAUUUUAAAGCCACUUUUAUAACAGGUGAACCAUGGCUGCAAGUUAAGUUACUUGAACGAGCCUCUGAUGAGUCGAUCAAAUCCACCAUCAUCUGAACACAUGCAUCAAUGGAAGGGAUACAAUUCAAGGAGGUUUAACCUUUUUUUUACAAAGGAGUUAAGUUGGUCAAUGCCACAAAUUUGUUUAUAUUUGAUUGCUAGCCUAGAACUAGCUCAGAAAAAGUAUUUCUUCUUCAUUUUACAUGUCAUUACUUGUCUUUUUAAAUGUUCUAAACCUCAAAUUUUCUGAUUAUUUCCAGGUUAACAUAAAAAAAAAAAGAUUUUCAAUAUGGUCUCACACUUUUGGAACCCACUGCAUAUUAUGGAUAUUUAAGGGCAUAAUCGGGCAUACUGGGACAAAUCCCGGUAGGCUGGUGGACCAUCAAAAAAUACAUUUAUGGGCGGGUGGACCGUCAAAACAUAUCCUUUUUUACCUACUCUCUGUGUUUUCAUAAGCAGAUUUAAGUGGCAGGGCUGAGUAUUUGUAGAGGUAUUGAUUACUGAGAUGAGGUGCAGCUCUGCUCUGACUCCGGUACACCUGCAAACAAUCACACGCACACACACACACAUCACCUCUCUCCUCCUCUUCAUCACCCUUCCUCAUCUUACAAUUUUAGAGGUUUAUUCCACCCAAAUACUACUUUCUGUCUAAGUACUUUUUAGAACUUUAUGGGGAUUUUUACUGACACACACACACACACACACACACACGCUACAAGACAAUUAGUCUGUUUUAGGACAGCCCCUUUAGCAGAUGCUGGCCUCCUUGUCACUAAAACUGUUCAACUCAGCCAGCUGCUGUGGGCAUUCUGAAGACACUCUGUUUUACUUUGUUCCUCAUUGCUCUCCCUCCACUUCAUUGCUACAAAGCUGCACCGGACAAACCCCAGCCAUGGAUGAUGAUACGAACCAGUAUCAGGACUUCCUGGACUUACUCAAUGAAACCUAUAACAUCACCGACCCAACCUAUGUGGUCAGUGAAACUGUCCAGCUCUGCAUGAAGAAGAGUGUCAAUCAGUUUGGUGCAAGAUUCAUCCCAAUUUUCUACUAUGUCAACUUCCUCCUGAGUUACAUUGGCAAUGGGCUUGUCCUCUUCAUCAUCUACAAGUAUGAGAAGCUCAACACGGUGACAAACAUCUUGCUCCUGAAUUUGGUCCUCUCCAACAUUCUCUUUGCCUCCAGUCUCCCCUUCUGGGCAACGUACCAUAUGUCAGAGUGGAUUUUUGGCAUUGCUCUGUGUAAGAUGGUCAGCAGUGCCUACUUCAUAGGUUUCUACAGCUCCAUCCUCUUCCUCACACUCAUGACGUUCGACCGAUACCUUGCAGUGGUGCAUGCAGUGGCAGCUGCCAAGAGCAGGAAAAAGGCAUAUGCCAUCAUAGCAUCAGUGGCAGUUUGGUGCAUCAGUAUUGUAGCAAGUGUGAAAGAGCUGGUUCUCCAAAAUGUGUGGAAGAGUCCGUUAGAUGGACUGAUGUGUGAGGAGUCAGGAUUCCCCAAGAGCACCAUGGAGCGCUGGCGUCUAGUCAGUUAUUACCAACAAUUCCUGCUCUUCUUCCUCCUCCCUUUGUUCAUGGUGAUGUACUGCUACAUCAGCAUCACCAUCCGCAUCCUGUCCACCCGCAUGAAGGGGAAGUGCCAUGCCAUCAGGCUCAUAUUUAUAAUAAUUUUCACCUUCUUUGCCUGCUGGACGCCCUAUAAUAUCGUCAUACUCCUUCAAGCUGUCCAGAUCUACAGCACCAGUGAGGAGGAUGACCAGUGUACUGACUCAGAGAGCUUGGACUAUGCACUUUAUGUGACCCGGAACAUUGCCUACUUGUAUUGUUGCAUUAGUCCUGUGUUUUACACAUUUGUGGGUAAGAAGUUCCAAAGCCACUUCAGAAGGCUGCUCGCUAAGAAAAUCCCCUGUCUGAAGAGACACAUCAGCCUCAGCAGCCAGAGCACCAGAACCACAUCACAGAAGACACCACACUCUGCUUAUGAGUACUAGACAGACACGGGCAUGCACACGCACACACAAAGCACUGUAACUUUUAUUUUUUGGCAUAAAUAAGAAUAACAAGAGAUAUAAAUGAUCAGCAUUAACUAACUAAUUAACUAUUAUUUUCUCUUGCUUCAACAAAAGUGAGUGAGUCUUGAUUAUAAAGAAUCUUUAGCUCAUUUAGCUACAAAAUGAGAGACUACUUUUAUGCUUUAGUUGGAGGAAACCAAAAUCUUCAUGUUUUCUUUCUGCCAGCUCCUCUACGAUGUAACAUUUAGUUAUAAACAAUCAAAUAUUCUUUUAUCAUUAACUUCAUUAGAUAAGUUUGUCAAUUUAAAUCAUAUAGUUCUCACUUACAGCAUGUAUUGUAUUUUAGUUAAAAACUCUCCUCUGUAAGUAAGCUUCUUAUUUGAAGAAGGUUACAUAAUAAAGGCUUGUUAUGUCUUUUUGUACAUAUAUUCUCUGCGAUCAAAAUGAACAUUUUGCAAACCAUUUGAUGAAACAAUCUCACCACAAGGUCAAUGAGUAGCUUCUCUGGUGCUUUUGAUCAAAUCCCAUGGUCUUCAUCAGCAAAUGAAGCUGCCCUUUUGUUACAGAAUUGCAGAUGUGAUUUCCAUUUCCACUUUAAGGUUGUCCAUGUUGGUUUAAAAGUUUACACCUAGAGGUGAGACUAUUUUAGUUUUUUGUGACUAAAAAAAAGCCCACUGGUUCCUACUGCAGACAUAAAUCUUUAAAAAUAGCUCAUAAGUUUAAACAAGCAUUUUUAGCAAGUUUCUGUUUGCCUCUUGACGAUUUUAUGCAUCUGCUUUAGACCUGCUCUCGGUCUGGUCCUUAUUCUAUUGAUUCAAUGUUGGAUGCAAAGUUUAUGUUUGUAGAGAUGUGAUCUAUUUGACACACAUCUAAGUGUUCUAAAAUGAACUGUAUCUUAACUUUCCAAUAAAUUUACCAGUCAAACUGUUCCCUUGGGAUAUCUGUCCUUUAAUGGAAACAUUUUGUUUUUUAUAGUUCUCUGUACUGUUGAAUUUUGUGGUAUUGGAUGACUAGAUCAUUUCCCUUUUCUGACAAACAUCUGUUGCAGUUUCCUGUCAACUAACCACACUCCUCUGGUGAAUAAGUGCUGUUACGUCUAGAGAAACAAUAUGACAUACGGAAGCCUAAGUAUUAGGACAGUGAUUGUCCUAAUUUGGUGAUUGUUGAAACAGCAUGAUAAAAAAGGUUUUAUGCUACAUGCAGUGUGAAUCAUUGUUAUUGCCAAAUGCACUGUGGACAAGUACAUGAGGAACAUGUUUAUUCAUAAUGAAAGAGACUCGACCGGCUUAACGCCAGCAUCAAAAGUACUCUGAUAAUUCACUGGUGAACACGUCAUGUAAAUAUCAUUAUAUCCAUGAUAAAUGGCCUGUAUGAGGACUACAUGCAAAACCAUUACAAAGUAUGUCUAAAAAAAUCGUCACAUCCAAAUACCAAAUAAGGCAAGCUCAAUAACAACUGGUGCAAGUAAUGAUUUCAACAGUUGAAUGAUCAUAGAGAACCAGGUGAAAUGAUGUGAAGGUAUAAGGAAUAGCAUUGUAUUGUUUUGUAUUGUAAUGCGUAGGCUAUUAGAAAUUAUGGUUGUUUUGUUGUUAUGUUGUGACAUAAAUGGUAAACUUAUGUGUGAACCAUAGCACUCAGUAAUAGGAAGUGUAAUAGGAAGUGUAAUAGGAAGGCUUUGAACAUAUUUUCUAUCAGCAAUAAAGUGUACUACUGUUA